CUUUUUCUGGAGGAGUUGAGGAAGAGUCCCACCAUAGAAGGUGGUCCCUAUGAUAAAGCUGAUUUGUCUAUUUUUUCUCUGAAUUUUGACUUUGGAUAAUUCUGCAUAAAGAAAAAUUUGAGAUUCUGAGGUUAAGCAAGAGGAAAGAUGAUCCUACACUACUUGUUUGUCAUCCUCCUGAUAGGACAUACUCAAGGAACUGUUGUUUCAACAACGCAACCUGAUACCACUAUGAUUUCAGAAACUACAAAUGCUAUUAUAGAAACAAGCGCAAGUAGCCAAACAAGUCCUGGCAAAACAAAUUCAGUAACUAUGAGUGAGUCCAGUACAACCCUACCUAAUAUCCACACACACUCAACAACUCUGCCUGGCAACACAGCUUCAACUACUGUAACUGAAUCUACUGUAACUCAGAAUAAUGUCAACACUCAAACAACAGCUCUAUCUAGCACCACUGAUUCAGUUACUGUAACUGAGCCUACUGUAACCCAGCCCAAUACUAACACUCAACCAACAGGUCUAUCUAGCACCACUGGUUCAGUUACUGUAAGUGAGCCUACUAUAACCCAACCUGAUACCAACACUCAACCAACAGGUCUACCUAGCACCACUGAUUCAGUUACUGUAACUGAACCUACUGUAACUCAAACUAAUGUCAACACUCAAACAACAGCUCUAUCUAGCACCACUGAUUCAGUUACUGUAACUGAACCUACUGUAACUCAACCUAAUACCAACACUCAACCAACAGGUCUACCUAGCACCACUGGUUCAGUUACUGUAAGUGAGCCUACUGUAACCCAGCCCAAUACUAACACUCAAUCAACAGCUCUAUCUGGCACCACUGAUUCAGUUACUGUAACUGAACCUACAGUAACUCAACCUAAUACUAACACUCAACCAACAGGCCUAUCUAGCACCACUGGUUCAGUUACUGUAACCAAGCCUACUGUAACCCAACCAAAUACCAACACUCAACCAACAGGUCUAUCUAGCACCACUGGUUUAGUUACUGUAACCGAGCCUACUGUAACCCAACCAAAUACCAACACUCAACCAACAGGUCUAUCUAGCACCACUGGUUUAGUUACUGUAACCGAGCCUACUGUAACCAAACCAAAUACCAACACUCAACCAACAGGUCUACCUAGCAGCACUGAUUCAGUUACUGUAACUGAACCUACUGAAACUCAACCUAAUACCAACACUCAACCAACAGGUCUACCUAGCACCACUGAUUCAGUUACUGUAACUGAACCUACUGUAACUCAAACUAAUGUCAACACUCAAACAACAGCUCUAUCUAGCACCACUGAUUCAGUUACUGUAACUGAACCUACUGUAACUCAACCUAAUACCAACACUCAACCAACAGGUCUACCUAGCACCACUGGUUCAGUUACUGUAAGUGAGCCUACUGUAACCCAGCCCAAUACUAACACUCAAUCAACAGCUCUAUCUGGCACCACUGAUUCAGUUACUGUAACUGAACCUACAGUAACUCAACCUAAUACUAACACUCAACCAACAGGCCUAUCUAGCACCACUGGUUCAGUUACUGUAACCAAGCCUACUGUAACCCAACCAAAUACCAACACUCAACCAACAGGUCUAUCUAGCACCACUGGUUUAGUUACUGUAACCAAGCCUACUGUAACCAAACCAAAUACCAACACUCAACCAACAGGUCUACCUAGCAGCACUGAUUCAGUUACUGUAACUGAACCUACUGAAACUCAACCUAAUACCAACACUCAACCAACAGGUCUACCUAGCACCACUGGUUCAGUUACUGUAACCGAGCCUACUGUAACCCAACCAAAUACCAACACUCAACCAACAGGUCUACGUAGCACCACUGAUUCAGUUACUGUAACUGAGCCUACUGUAACUCAAACUAAUGUCAACACUCAAACAACAGCUCUAUCUAGCACCACUGAUUCAGUUACUGUAACUGAGCCUACUGUAACCCAGCCCAAUACUAACACUCAACCAACAGGUCUAUCUAGCACCACUGGUUCAGUUACUGUAAGUGAGCCUACUAUAACCCAACCUGAUACCAACACUCAACCAACAGGUCUACCUAGCACCACUGAUUCAGUUACUGUAACUGAACCUACUGUAACUCAAACUAAUGUCAACACUCAAACAACAGCUCUAUCUAGCACCACUUAUUCAGUUACUGUAACUGAACCUACUGUAACUCAACCUAAUACCAACACUCAACCAACAGGUCUACUUAGCACCACUGGUUCAGUUACUGUAAGUGAGCCUACUGUAACCCAGCCCAAUACUAACACUCAAUCAACAGCUCUAUCUGGCACCACUGAUUCAGUUACUGUAACUGAACCUACAGACCCGCAGGCCAAACUGCAGCAGCAACUACAGGACCUGUACUUCAGACUGCAGCAGCAACCACAGGACCCACAGUCCAAACUGCACCAGCAACUGCAGGACCCGCAGGCCAAACUGCACCAGCAACUACAGGACCUGCCCUUCAGACUGCACCAGCAACUGCAGGACCUGCACUUCAGACUGCAGCAGCAACUACAGGACCCGCAGGCCAAACUGUACCAGCAACUACAGGACCCGCAGGCCAAACUGCACCAGCAACUGCAGGACCUGCACUUCAGACUGCAGCAGCAACUGCAGGACCCACAGCAGCAACUACAGGACCCGCAGGUCAGACUGUACCAGCAACUGCAGGACCUGCACUUCAGACUGCAGCAGCAACUGCAGGACCUGCACUUCAGACUGCAGCAGCAACUGCAGGACCCGCAGGCCAGACUGUACCAGCAACUACAGGACCUGCAGGCCAAACUGGAGCAGCAACUGCAGGACCUGCACUUCAGACUGCAGCAGCAACUGCAGGACCUGCACUUCAGACUGCAGCAGCAACUGCAGGACCCGCAGGUCAGACUGUACCAGCAACUGCAGGAACUGCACUUCAGACUGCAGCAGCAACUGCAGGACCUGCACUUCAGACUGCAGCAGCAACUGCAGGACCCGCAGGCCAGACUGUACCAGCAACUACAGGACCUGCAGGCCAAACUGGAGCAGCAACUGCAGGACCUGCACUUCAGACUGCAGCAGCAACUGUAG